CCAUAAUCGCUGGCGUACAGCCCUAGAAAAUAAAAAGGUACUUACGAAGACCCAACGAACCCUGCAAAUUGACUGUACGAUGUGUACUUGCUAAAUGUACCUUUGGGUUGCAGUCGCUCGCUGGAUCACACACCGCACUACAUACAACACCCCCCCACCCCCAUCCCAAUCCCACUCACUCCCUCUCCCCCACGAACUUCCUCUUCUCACAACUAUCGACCAUCGACGGCCAUCACAACCCAUUGGCGACUUGGGUUCGAAAAACUAUGACCUGGCGGCGAUUUACCAUCAACAAACACUGCUGGCUGACGUCCUGAGUGGUUUCACACGCUUCUCUAGAGACGACGGGCCUCCCGCGAUCCUGAUGCUUCAGCACGACUGCCGCACCCCCAUCUGGAUGCCAUAGGAGCCCGAAGCAGAGCAUGGAUCCAAGUCACAUCACCGAGUUCGCCAGUCCGCGGUACUUUGAGAAGUUAAAUUUGCUACACGAUGCUGUCGACAAUGCGAACAACCCCCAGGCUGCAGACGGCGCCGCUGGCACGUCGCAGACCUCAACAUUCAGCCUACCCAUAAGGAACCCGCGCCCACCGGGAGCGCGCAGGAGGAGAAGCGGCGAUACCGAUCGAUCCGGCGAUGGAAAGAGGAGGCUGCUGGUGCCAGAGGCCCCGAGGAAACCGAGCUUCACAUCAUCUAUUACGAACUUCAGGUUCAAGGUCUUGCAUAAGGGAACGUCGCAUCAAGUUGGGCACGAGUUUAUCUUCGAAGAAGGGCCCGUAAAACAAGAGCUUACUCUCGGCGACCGAUUCCUUUCGCUACCGAACGAACUUCAACUCCAGAUUAUGUAUACCCUUCCUAUGCCGACGGUUCUCAAUCUCAGGCUUGUCUCGAGAUCCUUCAAUUCCUUUAUUUUAAUGAAUGAGUCGCCUAUAUCGCGGCAUCAUCUUACCCACAGCGUCCCUCACUACGCCCUACGAUUAUACCCAGUCCCCGAUUCGAAACUCUUCACCCUCUAUUAUCUCUGUGGACUUUGGCAUCGCCUCCACGUCGCAUCAAAACUUGCUGAUCUUAUUGCUGAGCACACGACUCAGGAAAUCUUCCUUCGCGACACGGAAGCAAAACGGCGCGAAUUCGAACCGCAACAUAGACGUUUGCGGUUACGUUUGAUGCCAUUGCUAUUUACUAUGUUUCAUUUCUUCGAAAAGUACCGAGAACUUCAUUUGAAACACCUGGAAUCGAAUGGAAUACCGCUACGACACCAGCCUUUUACCCUGAACCCGAUAGAGCGCCAGGUUAUGAUUAUGUACGACGACCAAACACUACUUCAACUACACCAAGUCUUCCCGCUAGUCCUCUCAUCCUUCUCUCGGCGCCUGCGACCUCCAUCGUACGCCGGUAGACUGGAGCGUUCGAUCAAGGGUUAUUUAAAAGACAAGCCAGCCGACGAGAUUUACGCGACGAUAAUAUUAAUAGGAGGUCUGCGGCAGGCAGAAAGAUUUUGGGAGAUGAAGGGGUACAACUCGAGACGAGCAGCUGUCGACAGUUGGUACAGCUCCGUCACCAGGGAACCCAUGGAGGCCCCUCCCAAGUCACGACUAGCCAUACUAGGUCUCGGCCGAAAGAAGUCUGCCACGUCUCACCCAGAUAUCGCGGCCAUGGAAGCGUUGUCGAUGCACGACCCGGGCAGUUGCAACGAGUGGGACUGCGUUCAGCCCGCUUGUAUGGAUGCACGCGCACACCGUACCCCUAGCCACACGAUGUUCCACAAAAGCCUUUCCGCCGGGCCACCUAUGAGCCCGCUGUCGCGUGAGCAGUUAAGGCCGUUGCUCCUAGACCAACAACCGUUGACGAACAUAUGGCUUCACACGGCCGAGGCGCUCAUCCUGGAGCGCGGGAUAGUCGAGUGUUCCUUGAAGAUUAAGAGGAACACUCAGGUUCUCUUGGAGCUGAUCAAGGAGGAUGGGGGCGUGGACGAGGAAUGGGCACCUGGUUUGUCACAGGCCUCGCGGCAUGCCUUACAUCACCCUGUAGGAGCAGGUGGUGCUUAUUUUGGCGCACACGAGAUGUAGGGGAGCAUUUAUCAAUGGCGUUGUUGCGAGUAUAUAUAAGGAGCAGGGGCGCCGGUCUCGGUAUUGAGGCAUAGAUAUCAUAUAUGGUGUUGCCAUGUUGGAGACGUAUACUCCACUGGGAAACAUGGUUUUUUUUUGGAUGGAUCAUUGUAGCAGAUCACUCCUUGUAGCAAACAGUUUUUGCUGGAUGUAAUGAAAUACCUUUUGUUUGUCAACUGUUGACUUUAUCGUUGCUAUACUGGAUGGACUUGAUGCGGAUGAAAGUGAGUGAUUGAGUGACUUGAGUGACGGAUUUAUGUACAUAACCAACCAUCUACAGUUUCCCCAGCGCCUAACGCACAUACAUGCCUUAAUUUGGACUCCUGUCAAUUCUGUGAAUGGAGCUCAAUAUUGAUUGAGAAGUGGCGCACGAAUCACAGCAGCUCGAGGCUGAAGCCCAGACCUAAGCGACGACCAUCCGAGUGUGUUGUUCGUGAUGACCGAUGACCCUACCCGCGCGCCCAGAUAAGGGACCUCAUCUCAACUCAAC